AUGGGAAAGCAAGUUGUUGACCGAGAAUCUAAGUAUCCGGAGGAGCGUAGUAGAAUCUGGCGCCCUAAAGAAUCCUUCAGCGUUUUGCUUGAAAAAAUUGGUACGAAAAAAAUCGAAGGCCUUGUACUUGACAUGAACAUGUUGAGAAAUUCCGACAUGGCUGUGAUUGAAGCAAAUACAUUUGAAAAGAUGUAUAAUUUGAGACUACUCAAGCUGAGUGGUGUACAACUAUCUGGAACUUCCAAGGCAUUUCCCAAAAAAUUACGCUGGUUGUAUUGGCAUGGUUUUCCUUCAGCAUCUUUCCCCAAUGAUUUUCCUCUGGUGAACUUGGUCUCUCUUGACAUGCGUUAUAGCAACUUGAAACAACUUUGGAAAGGAACUAAGGUUCUUGGAUCGUUAAAAAUUUUAAAUCUCAGUCACUCUCCAAAACUUGCAAAAACUCCAAAUUUUUCGAGAAUCCCCAACCUGGAGAAAUUGGUUCUCAAAGCUUGUUCAAGUUUGUUCGAGGUUGAUGAAUCUAUCGCAAAACUACAGCGGAUAGAGUCGCUGAAUCUACAAGACUGCAUAAAUCUGAGAAAGCUUCCAAGAAAUAUUGGUAUGGUAAAAUCUCUCGUAGAAAUAGAUAUUUCCGGUUGCUCAAACCUUAUGGGGGCAAUGGAGGAGCUGGGGAAGAUGAAAUCACUGCAAGUGCUUAACGCAAGUGGAAUGGAUAUAAAUCGUGUCCUUACUGUGGAGGUUGUAUCACAAGCAUCUAUUUGGCCUUGGGUUCCAAAAUCAAGGGUACAAAUGUCAUUGGCCUCUUUACCAAGCUCUUUGGUACGUUUAGAUCUUUCUAAUUGCAAUCUCACUGAGGAUGCAUUUCCCAGGGAUCUUAAGCUCUCCAAGUUACAGGAAUUAUGUUUAGAUGGAAAUCCAAUUUCUAGCCUGCCAAACUUCAUUAAUGAUCUUACGGUGCGAUGCAUUGGAAAAAGUAACGUUUGA